AUGGGCAUCCAUGCUGUUAGCGUCAUGCUAGAGGCUCUCAAUAGAGAUGCCCAACAUGCUACUUUCGCCAAGUUCAUUCAAAAUGAACUUGACGCUGAACGCGAGAAAGUAGCCUUGCUUCACCAACAAGGUUCUCAACAAGCAGAGUUGUUGAGAGAACAGGGUGCUCAACAGUUUGAACUGUUGAGACAGCAGCAGGCUGCUGCUGGUGGGUCGAUGCAUUCGCGUCGACCCGAAACCUUGAAGAUUGACAUCUCCAAGGCGCGUCGCAUCGACGACGGGGAUAUGCAAGCUGCAUUUGCCCAGUCAAAUCUGGCAGGACGUGCCAAGACUUGGGCACUGGGGCUCAAGUUGCACGACCCAUAUGCGUUUGGGUCGUUGGAAGUCUUCAAGUCGCGGCUCAGACAAACGUUUGAACCGCCUAGAGCUGAGUUCAGGGCUCGAACCGAAAUCUUGAAGCUCAAACAGAGUAAGCGUGAUGUUCACGCUUACGCCCAACAACUACGACAUCUUACGAGUUGUACAAGUUCCAAUCCGGUGGAUGAACACACGUUGGUUUCGGUGUUCAUGCAGGGUCUUGCGGAUGGUCCCGUCAAGACUCACCUGUUCCGGCUUGAACUAGAUUCACUAGAACAAGCCAUUUCCAUUGCGGAGCAGGAAGAAUUCAGUCUGAGACAGGCUCGCGCCAGCUCGACAUCAUAUCGUCAACCGAGACGAUAUGAUAGCGGAGGUCCAGAGCCGAUGGAACUCUGUUAUGUAGAGAGCGAGAAGGCUCGCUCUACAGGCUACAAGAAGUUGCAGAGAUGCAACAGAUGUCAAAAGACAGGACACUACGCUUACGAGUGUAGUGCCCCUCGUCCAGUGUCUCGCGACACUGGGCGUAGUGACCGUCCACCCAUGAGAAAGGGGCAGGGACGAGGGUCCGCAGUUGGUGCAAAGACGCAACAACGGGAUGGACCGUCAAAAAACGGACAGGAUCAGUAG